AUGGCCAACCAGUGCUCCGGACAUGUCUUUGCCAUCGUGCAAGCCACCAACGGAAACAUCCUCACCUGGCGCUGCUCAGACUGCAACGGCGGCCCCUAUAUGGCCAUCUGGCGAUGCAAGAUCUGUGGUCACUGUCGCUGCAACUCCUGCCACACCGCCAAAGCAUAA